UAAUUUCCAAGUUUUCAAGGUUGAAUAUGGCAGCUGUUAACAGACCAUCACCAGCUCAGUCAGGACCAAACGGAGGGAACAUACACACUCGCCCGAGCAGCGGUAUAACAAACUCUGGACAACAGGACCCAGGACCUCCGUUCCAUCCCCAACACCACAUGUCUGCCCGGCCUGUCUUCUACAUCCCUGCCCCGGCUCCACCCCCACCCCCUUUCCUCCACUACCAAUGGCCCAUGCCCUUCUCUUAUAACCCCUUUGCUGGCUUCCCAGGCAUGGGCUAUGGUAUGGUCAUGCCCCCAUUCCCUCCUCCCCCCUACAUGGAGUCUCCAGCCUACAUUAUGCCCAACCCUCAAAUCCAGCCAGUUGACUACAGGCGCUUCCUCCACCCCCAUUUCCAUGCUCCCAGUGCACCCUAUCAGAACCCAAACCAGACCCGCAGGGGUCACCUGCCUCAUGCUGUCCCUCCUAGAGAAACCGUAAACUCCGAGGUCCAAACAGAACCCACACAAAGAGGCCUAGAUGCUUUUGAUGAGGGAAGCCCGCAUAUCAGCUCAGAUUGUGGGCUAGGAACUGCCUCAAUCUCUCCCUCCUCUUCAAGCUCCAGCUCCCCAAAACAAGGCCCUACCAAGGCUGAGGACUAUACCAAACCCAGCAGUAAUUCAAAUGACUUGCAUGUUAACGGGACCUGCACAAGCAGUACAGUCAAAGUCAAGUUUAACAUCCCACGUCCUACUGCAACGAAGACCGUUGAGUCGUGUAUCAGAGCAACUCUAGAAACACUAAAGAACAGUAAAGACAUAGUUGGUCAGGAUAAUGUUCCCCCUUGCAACAUGUGGUCAGUGAGUUCUCCAGAUAAUUUGGUUCCUGCAUGUAGUUCUUUUCACCAAGAGGGUGAGGUUGAGGUUGUCAAAGAGAGACAUGCCUCUGUCCCUGACAUUCUGAUGAGUUGGGGAGCUGAAGUAGAGCAUGAAAAGUCAAUUUACCAGAGUCCAGUUGAGACAAAGAGUGGUCCAGUGGUGGCUGACUGUGCUGAUACUAAUGAGGGUGGUCUUAAGGACCAUGAAACCCCUUCCAAGAUUCUGAAACUGCCUUUUGGUCUUCAUGAGAUUUUCUCAGAAUCCAGAAGAGAAAAUGAGCUUGUGGGAUUGGUUAGCUCUGUGAGCCAGUGCCUACCGGACAGAGAUGAACCGCAGGAUUCCUUAAAUGAGUCCCAUAAGCUCCCUGACAAUGAGCAAGGAAAUGGCAAUGAGACGAAUCCACAUGAAGACACUACAGAGAUCAUUCCCUAUAAAAUGUCUUUAAAUAGCUCUCAGAGAAAGAGAAAAAUGAAUGAGUCUGUAUGGUCUGUGGAGUCUCUUGCCCCCUUCAUCCCCACUAAGGAGUGGCUGUUGCAGAACAGCAUGUUUGAGCCUGAAGUAAUCAUUGAGACAACAGAGGAAGCUGAAAAUGUAAAUCCUGAACUGUCAACCCAAAAUGACAGCCUAUUUGUUGAAUCUAUUAAAGAAAGGAGGCGGACGCUCAGGUUUUCUUCUUCUGACUCUGUUCCGAUGUCAGACAGUUGGCUCAUUUUCAGUACUCCGGCUGGGAAGCGAAGUCCAGCAAAGAAACCAGAAACGGAGAGUGAAAAUUAUGCCUCUGAAAUGAGAGGACCAAAUCAAGGCCCGAGCAUGGCUCCUUCAGAAAAGGAUCCCGUAGCUUCCCCGAUUCAACUGCAAAGAGAAAUUAUUUCGUCUAACCCCACAGAAGAGGAUGUAGAUAAAAAUAGGUCUUCUGAACCAGAGGCUAUUCAAUGCCCAAACCAGGAAUCUCUGAUUAGUGGACAUGGAGGACAGAGGAAGUGA